GUUUUUACUCUCUCUGUGUUUCUCAUCCUAAAACACGGAGCCUCGAGGCACCGCCACCUUCACGCCACGUUCAUGGUCACGCCACCUUCACGCCACGUUCAUGGUCACGCCACGUUCAUGGUCACGCCACGUUCAUGGUCACGCCACGUUCAUGGUCACGCCACGUUCACGCCACGUUCAUGGUCACGCCACGUUCAUGGUCACGCCACGUUUAUGGUCACGCCAUGUUCACGCCACGUUCAUGGUCACGCCGCGUUCAUGGUCACGCCACGUUCAUGGUCACGCCACGUUCAUGGUCACGCCAUGUUCACGCCACGUUCAUGGUCACGCCACGUUGACAGCCACGUUCAUGGUCACGCCACGUUGACAGCCACGUUCAUGGUCACGCCACGUUGACAGCCACGUUCAUGGUCACGCCACGUUCAUGGUCAUGCCACGUUGACAGCCACGUUCAUGGUCACGCCAUGUUCAUGGUCACUUCAUGGUCACGCCAUGUUCACGCCACGUUCAUGGUCAUGCCACGUUCAUUGUCAUGCCACGUUGACAGCCACGUUCAUGGUCACGCCAUGUUCAUGGUCACGCCAUGUUCAUGGUCAUGCCACGUUCAUGGUCAUGCCACAUUGACAGCCACGUUCAUGGUCAUGCCACAUUCAUGGUCAUGCCACAUUCAUGGUCAUGCCACGUUCAUGGUCAUGCCACGUUCAUGGUCAUGCCACGUUCAUUGUCAUGCCACGUUGACAGCCACGUUCAUGGUCACGCCAUGUUCAUGGUCACGCCAUGUUCAUGGUCAUGCCACGUUCAUGGUCAUGCCACAUUGACAGCCACGUUCAUGGUCAUGCCACAUUCAUGGUCAUGCCACAUUCAUGGUCAUGCCACGUUCAUGGUCAUGCCACGUUCAUGGUCAUGCCACGUUCAUUGUCAUGCCACGUUGACAGCCACGUUCAUGGUCACGCCAUGUUCAUGGUCACGCCAUGUUCAUGGUCAUGCCACGUUCAUGGUCAUGCCACAUUGACAGCCACGUUCAUGGUCAUGCCACAUUCAUGGUCAUGCCACAUUCAUGGUCAUGCCACGUUCAUGGUCAUGCCACGUUCAUGGUCAUGCCACGUUCAUUGUCAUGCCACGUUGACAGCCACGUUCAUGGUCACGCCAUGUUCAUGGUCACGCCAUGUUCAUGGUCAUGCCACGUUCAUGGUCAUGCCACAUUGACAGCCACGUUCAUGGUCAUGCCACAUUCAUGGUCAUGCCACAUUCAUGGUCAUGCCACGUUCAUGGUCAUGCCACGUUCAUGGUCAUGCCACGUUCAUUGUCAUGCCACGUUGACAGCCACGUUCAUGGUCACGCCAUGUUCAUGGUCACGCCAUGUUCAUGGUCAUGCCACGUUCAUGGUCAUGCCACAUUGACAGCCACAUUCAUGGUCAUGCCACAUUCAUGGUCAUGCCACGUUCAUGGUCAUGCCACGUUCAUGGUCACGCCACGUUGACAGCCACGUUCAUGGUCACGCCACGUUCAUGGUCACGCCACGUUGACAGCCACAUUCAUGGUCACGCCACAUUCAUGGUCACGCCACGUUCAUGGUCACGCCACGUUGACAGCCACAUUCAUGGUCACGCCACGUUGACAGCCACGUUCAUGGUCAUGCCACGUUCAUGGUCACGCCACGUUCAUGGUCACGCCACGUUGACAGCCACGUUCAUGGUCACGCCACGUUCAUGGUCAUGCCACGUUCAUGGUCACGCCACGUUCAUGGUCACGCCACGUUGACAGCCACGUUCAUGGUCACGCCACGUUCAUGGUCACGCCACGUUCAUGGUCACGCCACGUUCAUGGUCACGCCACGUUGACAGCCACAUUCAUGGUCACGCCACAUUCAUGGUCACGCCACGUUCAUGGUCAUGCCACGUUGACAGCCACGUUCGUGGUCAUGCCACGUUCACGCCCACAUUCAUGGUCACGCCACGUUCAUGGUCAUGCCACGUUGACAGCCACAUUCAUGGUCAUGCCACAUUCAUGGUCAUGCCACGUUGACAGCCACGUUCAUGGUCAUGCCACAUUCAUGGUCAUGCCACGUUCAUGGUCAUGCCACGUUCAUGGUCAUGCCACGUUGACAGCCACAUUCAUGGUCACGCCACGUUCAUGGUCACGCCACGUUCAUGGUCACGCCACGUUCAUGGUCACGCCACGUUCAUGGUCACGCCACGUUGACAGCCACGUUCAUGCUCAUGCCACGUUGACAGCCACGUUCACGCCCACAUUCAUGGUCACGCCACCUUCACGCCACGUUGACAGCCACAUUCAUGGUCACACCACGUUCAUGGUCAUGCCACGUUGACAGCCACGUUCAUGGUCACGCCCACGUUCAUGGUCAUGCCACGUUCAUGGUCACGCCACGUUCAUGGUCAUGCCACGUUCAUGGUCACGCCACGUUCAGCCACAUUCAUGGUCACGCCACGUUCAUGGUCAUGCCACGUUCAUGGUCAUGCCACGUUCACGCCACGUUGACAGCCACAUUCAUGGUCACACCACGUUCAUGGUCACGCCACGUUCAGCCACAUUCAUGGUCACGCCACAUUCAUGGUCACACCACGUUCAUGGUCAUGCCACGUUCACACUCACAUUCAUGGUCACGCCACGUUCAUGGUCACGCCACGUUGACAGCCACGUUCAUGGUCACGCCACCUUCAUGCCACGUUGACAGCCACGUUCAUGGUCACGCCACCUUCAUGCCACGUUGACAGCCACGUUCAUGGUCACGCCACCUUCACGCCACGUUGACAGCCACGUUCACGCCCACGUUCAUGGUCACGCCACGUUCACGCCCACGUUCACGCCAUGGUCACGUCACGUUCAUGUCAGGUUCACUCCACGUUGACAGCCACGUUCACGCCCACGUUCAUGGUCACGCCACGUUCACGCCCACGUUCAUGGUCACGCCACGUUCACGCCCACGUUCAUGGUCACGCCACGUUCACGCCCACGUUCACGCCAUGGUCAUGUCACGUUCAUGUCAGGUUCACUCCACGUUGACAGCCACGUUCACGCCCACGUUCAUGGUCACGCCACGUUCACGCCCACGUUCAUGUCAGGUUCACUCCACGUUGACAGCCACGUUCACGCCCACGUUCAUGGUCACGCCACCUUCACGCCACGUUGACAGCCACGUUCACGCCCACGUUCAUGGUCACGCCCACGUUCACGCCAUGGUCACGUCACGUUCAUGUCAGGUUCACUCCACGUUGACAGCCACGUUCACGCCCACGUUCAUGGUCACGCCACCUUCACGCCACGUUGACAGCCACAUUCAUGGUCAUGCCACGUUGACAGCCACCCACGUUCACGCCCACGUUCAUGGUCACGCCACGUUCAUGGUCAUGCCACGUUCAUGGUCACGCCACGUUGACAGCCACAUUCAUGGUCACGCCACGUUCAUGGUCACGCCACCUUCACGCCACGUUGACAGCCACAUUCAUGGUCAUGCCACGUUGACAGCCACGUUCACGCCCACGUUCAUGGUCACGCCACCUUCACGCCACGUUGACAGCCACGUUCACGCCCACGUUCAUGUUCAUGGUCACGUCACGUUCAUGUCAGGUUCACUCCACGUUCACGCCCACGUUCACGCCAUGGUCGGCGUUGAUCGGGGGGGUCGGCUGAGGACGGGGAGGCUGUUGGUGCGUUUGAGGACACUCGGCCGUCUGAACGCUGAUGUAGUGAUGAGUUCAGACGAAGAGGACAAACAGGAGCUGAUCCCGGUCUGA